UGGGCAUUUUAAAUGUUCCAAUCGCUUCUAGCGCAUCACUAAACCAAAUUCUUGGAUGUGUGUGUAAGAAAGUAUGUUGAGGUGGGUAUUGAACAAUAUUAAUAUCGCAAUCGAAACAUUAUCGCUCUUUCACCGGAAUAUUCAAUUGCAACCAUCCUCCCCCAACAACAAAAGAAGGAAGAAAUCAUUGCGAGAAAAUAUGAAAUUAAGAUUGCAGUAACUUUUCACAAAAAAAUGUUUUCCGAUAGCUACACAUCCAUCCUGUGAGUUGGAAUCGUAAGAUUCAUGUAUUCAAUGCUUUCACGUCGAAGGAUUUCCAAAGACAAACACCAAAUAAGUUGCUUUCUAAUCUGCUAUCCAUCUGGCUAUAUGUUGAACAACCACGGACACGAUCGUAAAAUUGGAAAGAGUGUAUAAAAGAUAUGCAUGAACGUGAUUUUACCUUUUACUGCGACCAGUUGGUCGUUGGUUCUCGAAACUGUAGAAGUCAGUGGAGAUGGGUGAAUGAGGGUGGGCGUUCUUAUAUUCGCUUGGAGAAGAAGCAACAUGUUCAGGAUACAUUCCUACAUCUACAAAAGCGCACUGAAGGCGGUACGAUGAUUGAUUUUUCUGAAAAGGAGAUUGAAAAAGACCCUGCCUGUGCUGCGAUUGAGGAUACCGGUAGAAUUUUGUCUUUCGAAUACCACAUUCUAUACAAUGAGAGUUAUGAAGUUCCCUCAUUGCUUUUCAACAUAUACGAGGAAGGCGGCGGAAAGUUCAACAUUGAGGAAGCCUGGCAUUUUCUACGUAUUAGUGAGGUAGUCCCUUUGAAUGAAAUGUACCAAGCUAUUACUAUGGUGCAUCAUCCAAUAUUAUUCCGGCCUUAUCUAAAUUUACACCCCUGUAAAGCAUCUGAAAUGAUGAACUCAUUGCCAGAUAGUAUGAAUCCUAUACUCUCUUUUCUAACAAGUUAUGGGCCUUUUGUGAAUCUAGAACAAGAUGAAUUAGUUUUCAGUCUACAUUCCAGUGUAUAUUUGAAGCAACAUACGAAUAUGAAAUGAUUUGCAUUUCAUUGGGUAUGCUAUUUUCUUGCAUCCACGAAUCUUAUUUGGAAACUUUUUUCCAUAUCGUCUUUCGUUGGCAAGAUGGAUAUUUCUCCUAAGUCACCAUAAGUUACCAUGCCAAUCUUCGUAUUCCCGUGCGCAGUAGGCAAUUGAAGCAAAAAAGGAGCUUAGUCUCGAUUAAGGAAGUAAAACACUAGUCAUUUAGUUUCGAUUAUCGUAUGUGGCUUUAUUGCAUGUGUCGGGUUAGAAACAUAAUGAUAGAGCAAGAAAUGGCGGUUCAGUUUUCCGUGGCCGUGGAAUUGGAUGAACGAGUUACACAAUUUUGUUCGGAUUGUAAUGUAAAAAAGGACAAACACGAUUUUUUUAAAUAAAAUAUGCUA